CCUAAAUGCAUAGUGACGACCUUUAUUUUGAACGAACGACUACACUAUAUACAUAGGUAAGUUUAGGUUCGAAUGACACUAUUUUGUAGGAAAAGGAAAACACAAGAUUUUCUGUAAAAUGUAUAACUUGCGUCAGUAUCUUUGCUAUGUGUUUUCUUAGUGGAAAAACUGGUGGAAAACGAGUGGGAAACUUUGAUAGGGAAAACAACAACAUUGCCAAACAAACAAAUCACAUUGAUUGGGAGAACUUCUUCGUUAACUGACAUAUAAAUACACAGUUAAUUUCAUGUAAGAAUAUAUUGCGUACAAUGGAAUAUUUCGUACUGUCAAAAUGCUUACGUUCAGUAACUUUCAGUUUUUCACAUUACAUGGCUUUUAUAACCUCCAUUACUGUCACGAGCUGUUGUCAACUGCGGUCACGUUGCUCAUCUCUUUCUCCAGUGUUGACAGAACUUCACAAUGGAGGGUAUAGCGGUGGAGGUUCUUGGCGUCCCCAAUAUCCUUGCCUCUGAUAGAAUGGUUGACAAGCUCACUAUACACUUCCUGCGACCACGGAACGGUGGAGGAGAGGUGCAGAGAGUGCUGUUUCCAUCUAACAGCCCGGGACAAGCCUUUGUCAUAUUUGAGGAACCAGAAGGUAGACGGUCUGUAAUUAAAUUUAUGAAAUUGCAUUCUGCACAAUUAUUCUUCCACUUGCUGAUGUAACUUACAUAUAUUCAAUAGCUGAACUAUAGGUGAAGGAGAUCAGGGACGAAAAAGGAUUCAAUCAAUAUGUCACAAUAUUAGUAUGUGUUAAAGUAGGCUACCCUUUGCCCCUGAAUUUAUUGAUACACUUUCAUAAAACCACCACAACUACUUGAUAAUUUAUUUAACCUACCCUCUCUCUUUUGCAGUGGCUGCCCAUGUCUUGCGGUUGACCCAUGUGUUGGAGGUGGACCAACAACAAUUUAGUCUCAAAGUCAGAAUAGUUGACAGGCCUGAGGUAGGGAAAAGCCCCUGUCCCUUGUAUUACAUAUCAUAUUGUUCAAGUAUAAUUAAAUCCUAAUGUUUAUCUUGUUUUGUUUUAUGUGUGUGUAUUUCAGGUGGACAUGCCAGUCAAGGCAACUCUGGAUGUGAGUGUGUUCCCCAAUGACAGAGAGGUGCUGCGACUCCUAGACAUCCAUGGCUUUAAGGUGUACAAGCUUCGACAUGGUCAGCUGCUCGUCCAGGGCUCCUUUCUGAAGCUCAGAGCAGUGAAAGCCCAACUGCAGCAGCUCUUACACCAAGACAACCAGCCCCAAAACAACCCUUUCCCCACCCAGCGUCAGCGGCCAUGCCUCUGGGACCUCCAAAGCCUCCACCAGGAUGCACCACACCAAUGGUACUGCAAUGCAUGCUGGGAACAUGAGUCCUAUGUAUGCUGGGAGCAGGAGUCCUAUUUCAGUCAAUGCAGAUCAGUUUGCACAUGUCCUGCAGUCUUCUUCCCCAACCAACUCUUCACGGGACUCAGAGUCACCUUGUAGCCUCUCCAGCCCCCGGAGUGGCAACCCAUCUCCCAGUCUUCUGGCACCAGGGUAUGGGGCCAACGUGACCCACAGGAGGAACCCAUCUCCCAGCAGGUCUCGCAGUGCGGUCUCCUUUCUAAUGGACACAGAUGUGCUCCGAUAUGCCCUGUGCUUCAGGAAAAACGACAUUGAUACAAUUCUUGGAAGCAAUAACAUUCAAAUGGAUGUGCAGCCUAAUGAAUGUUCAGAUAUCAGUUCUGUCGUCCUCGAGGGGAAGAGCCCAAAGAGUGCUAUGGAAAAGUUGCAAGACUUUCUCACUGCGCUCAACUCAACACUACGCACCCAAGAAAUCCCACUGGGGACACUCGAUCACAACAGGCAGGUUAGAAUUGGUAAACUGAUUCAGAAGUAUAAUAGUGUUUAUCCUACUGUCCUUGUCAAUCAGGUCGGAGAUAUUCUCCGCCUUGUAGGACCUUCCAGGGACAGUUAUGACAUGAUGCAGAUUCUCUUGGGAAAACCCCUAGAACUUCCACCAGCCGGGCGAACAGGGAGGGCACUGGACAGGGGCUCAAGGGACAGGAGAAGCAGUUCUCUAUCGAGCCUGCCCAAAAAGAAGCAUGCUCCCAUCCCAUGGGAUCGUGACCCUGUCCCUGUGCCAGCUGCUGUACCAGAUUACACCUCCUCAAAGUACCAGGGUGACUCUGGGCGUGGAAGGACUGUACAGAGGGCUGGAAGCCCAGUACCCUAUACACCCACCCCCAGUCACAGGGGAAGAAGUCACUCUGAUUCCCAGGAGAAAGUCAAGGAGCAGAGAGUAACACAGAGGGAUGUCUCGAGGCAAGAAAGGGUGGAUGAUGUGGUAGGGCCCUCUGCUGGAGCUCAGAUGCCAGUGGCGAAAAAGAAGCCAUUACUUCCCAAAAUUCCUACUAACAAAGCAGAAUGGAAGAAUGUGCUAUCAAGAAAAAACAAGAAAAAACCAUAG